GAUAUAUAUUCACAGAACAAAUUUUUGUUGAUAAUAUUUGAUGUAAUUUUUAGAAUUUUUCUUAAUGACUUGAAUGUAGUUAAAUUUUUUCUGUAAUAAAAUUUUCAGAUCAUAUAAAAUGUUAUGAGUUAAAUAAAUUAUUGUUCCUUUAAAGUCACAUCAAAGUUAUUAUACCAUAGUAAUGGUCUAAGUUUGUUUGUCUGAUACAUAAAAAAAAUGGUUCCUCAUCCAAUAUUUGUUAUGAACGCCGAGUCAUCGCGCUAUUACAUUGACAAUCUCUACACUCAAGAUAAUGUAAAAUGUUACCAAGCACUUAAUUUUAUUAAAAAUUCUAUCAUGGGUAGUAACCGACAGAAAGGAAUUGUUAUUGCUAAUGGCAUUUUACCCAGACUAUUACAGGUAUUACCUGAUCAAACUAAAACUCCAGAAAUCCGUUUGGAAACUGUUGUUAUUUUAGGAUCAUUAGCUAAAGGAACUGAAGACCAAGUAAAAUCAUUAGUAGAUGCUGAUGUCGUAAAUUAUAUAUUUAGUGCUUUUCUUUUAAACGAUGAACCUAAAUUUAUUGAAGCAUGUCUAAGGUGUAUCCGCACUAUUUUAGAGUUUUCUUUUGCUGAUCAAUCUGUUGUUUUUAGUGACAUUGCAAUAAUACGCAAGUUAAUUAAAACUAUUAAUGAUUCUGUAAGCAACAGUAUUUGCGCCAUGUAUAUUUUGUCAUUUUCAUGUCGUUCGGCAGUUCAUCAAAAUAUAUUAUGGGAAGAAGGCAUUGGUUUUAUUUUGGCAAACUUACUUAAUACUGAUCUAGAUGAUUUAUCAUUAGCAACACUUAAAUGUUUUGCAUGUGAAUGUCAAGACAACUCGGUAAUUUCUUCAGCUUUAGCAGAGACUGAGUAUAAUAACAAAAAAAUGCCAGAUAUUCUGGACCUUAUGAGAGGUGGAGAUCAUCCAACUGACAUGAGAUUAGCUGCUUCUAAAUGUAUUACUUACCUAUAUCGUGCUGGCGCAUUAGAAGUUAAUAGUUUAAAAGUUAUGUUUGGAGCAUUACCUACACUGGUCCGUUUAUGUCAAAAUGAUCAAAAAUGGGAACAUCGAGUUGAAGCAGCCGAAAUUUUAGCUGUUCUAAUUGAAGAUGAUGCUGACCUACAAUCAUUAGCUAGCAUAUCAAAUCAUUUAUUACAAACAUUAGCAGAAUUUGUAAAUUUUCCAACUCAUCCAGCUGGCGAAUAUGGAAAUCAUUGCGGAGAAUAUGUAUCAAGAGAAAUGAAACAAGCUGCUUUUAAAGUAUUUGCAUCACUUGGAGCAAACGAUGAAGAAAUUCGUAAGCGAAUUAUUGAAACGGAUAAUUUAAUUGACCAUAUUGUGUGUGGUCUAAAAGAUCCUAGUCCUAAAGUACAAUUAGCAGCAGUUCGAUGUUUGCAUUCUUUAUCACGUUCUGUUCAACAGCUACGUACCACAUUCCAAGAUCACUCAGUUUGGAAACCAUUAAUGACUUUAUUAGAAGGUGCCUCUGAUGAAAUUCUUAGUGUAACUUCUUCUACGUUAUGUAACCUUCUCUUGGAAUUUUCACCCUCUAAAGAGCCAAUAUUAGAAUCAGGAGCAAUUGAACUAUUUUGUAGUUUAACAAAAAGAGAUGACCACUCAUUGAGGUUAAAUGGCAUAUGGGCCUUAAUGAAUAUGGCUUUUCAAGCUGAACAAAAAAUUAAAUCACAAAUUUUAAACACUUUGGGAACUGAUCAAAUUUUUAAUUUAUUAUCAGAUUGCCAUGUGAAUAUACUAAUGAAAACAUUGGGGUUGCUAAGAAAUUUGCUGUCAACUAAACCUCACAUAGACUAUAUAAUGAAUCUUUGUGGUGGGGAUAUAACUCAAGCAGUAAUGAUGAUACUUGAAGGAGAACAGUUACCCGAAGUUAAGGAACAAGCAUUAUGUAUAUUAGCAAAUAUUGCCGAUGGAGAUAUUGCCAAAGAUUGUAUUAUGAGAAAUAAUGAGAUAUUAAAAAAAAUUCAGGAAUACAUGACUAAUAGUAAUGCUAAAUUACAAGCUGCUGCAAUAUUUUGUGUGUCAAAUCUUGUAUGGAAAGAAGAUAGUGGAGCUAUUGAACGCCAAACAAAAUUGAAGGAAAUGGGAAUUUUCAAAAUUUUACAGCAACUUAUAACUACAUCAGAUUCAUUGUUAUUUGACAAAGUAAAGACUGCAUUAACACAGUUCUCAGACUCUUGACAUACCUUCUGCUUGAAUCCACCACCUUCAGUAGAAGUGUAAAUACUUAUCAUUUUUUAAUUUACAUCAAACAUUCUAUUUAGUUACAUAAAAUAUAAAUUAUAAAAUUUAAUUUUUAAGUUAAAAAUAGUAUGUUCAUCUUAAAUUAUUUUAUUGAACUUUUUUCAUAAUACAAUACAUUUUUUAAAUUCAAGAAAAAACUUUUUUCGGAUAAGUAACCCUUAUAAUAUAAUAUUCAUUCUAAAAUUGUAAUCAUUGUAGGAUUAUAAUUUUUUUAAUAUUAACAGAUAAAAAGUGAAUACAUAUAUACAUUUUGUUUAUCUAUACUAAUAAACAGUUCUUAAAAAAUAAUCUGUUCAUUAAAAAUUUUAAUUAAAAAUAGCUAUUAUGUAUAUAUCACAUUAAUAAUUUGUCAAUUUAUUUAAUAAAACUGUGAAUACUUCAAUUGAUAUUAUUUAAUAUUUUUUGUGUAUAUGUUAUUAUAAAUUAUGUAUAUUUAUUUAAGCCUAAUUAUAAUAAGACUGUUUUAUCUCAUUCAAUAAUA